GAGUGUCGAUGGGUCGUCUGUGAUGGAUCGACGGCGAGGAACCCCAAGAUCACUGCCCGUUUACAGUCCAGGUCAUAUUUCCGUGAUUAGGCCCCUUCGCAGACUGUCUGAGUCUAUUGUACAGCUUCAGAGAAGACGGAACCACAGCCAUCCGACGGCAGUGUCGCUUGCCAGUCAAACAGGUCCCUCUUCAGAUCACCUUGCUGGCAGUCACCCCACCUUGGUCACUGUGCCCGACGCCCUCCUGUGAUUGGGUUGGUUCUCUUAUGAGACGGCUUCACCGCCGUGAAAUUGCCCUGACUUCGGCGGUCCAAUCCAUCUAUCCACAUAAUUCACUUCCCUAACGACUUUGCCCCCGUGAAUUGGACAUCAGCCGUCCGGCUACGAGAAUAGCCCCAUUCCCCUCAGUUACACCCAUGACCCAACUUAAUGCUGGCCCCUAUAUCGGCCCAACCGAGCGGAUAUUGACACCCUGUCUCUGAUUAUAAAGAUCACCCUUUCUCUCCCUGUUUGCUCCAUCCAGCCUCUGUGUUUGCUCGAUCCACUGCGCCCUUGUACAAGAGUCACAUUGACCUCUGCUUUCCCUUCUUCCUUUGAUGAAGCCUCCUGCCGGCCUUUCUAAGGCCUUGCCCCAGUUUCCAUCUGUAUUAGACCCUGUAGCUUUGCAAGUCGAAUUGGUUACUUGGUCCCAGCGUGUGCAAUGGGCCCACACCCAGCUUGUGCCCCAUAUGCGCAGUUACGAGGCUCUUUUCCAGUACAUUGAACGCACUCAUCUUAAUGAGCAUUUCAAUAUCUUCUUGUUUGGGAUGUCCAUUUCGGAUCGCAAUAAACUGAUGGCCUCUUUACUUGAGACCUUCAUGCACAUUUAUACGCUCAAUUGGCCAAUCGGCCCAUUGGACGACCCAUUGCCUAAAUUGCUUAUUGAGUUCGCAAUGCCCAGAGUGCUUUACACCAGCUUGGAACAAUAUUAUCUUCGCAAGCAGCCGGCCCCAUUUGUCAUGGGGGAUACGUUGACCGGGGUUGUUUGCCCGCCUCUCGCGCACUUCAUGGAAUUGGACGAUGAGGACAAAUUGGACGCCGAUGGCCCACCUCCCACCAACUCAUUCGAGCGGCCCUCAGCCAAAGCAGGCAUUUCGCAGCCCAUUCCCAAUGGCAGCCAAGAACGCUCUCCCACCUCGCCCACCGAGAGCGAGCUUGCUUUGGCCGUUCAAACGCUGGCCCCCAGUUCGACUUCUGACGAGACGACAAACAUUAGCAAAUCCACCGCCGGCAAAUUAAUUGUACUCAUGCGUGGGAUUCUUGAUCGUAGUUCGGCACAACAAGCGUGGUUCAACUCGCAGAAGAAAAACGACCACAAGCAGCUUUGCAAGGCCCUACUUGCCGAGUCCCACAGGCACGACCGUGAGGUGAAUCAGUUACUGAGUCAGCACCAUUACCGACUGAAGGAUCAGGAUCUCCAAUACGCCGACGCUACCAACGAGAUCAAAAAGUUACAAUCGGCUGUUGCGCAAAUGGCGGACGACUUAGACCUUCCUCAUGAACCACUCAACAACAUGUAGACCGUCUUGACUUAUUCAAAUCUUCUUUCAUUCUGCUACUUGCCUUGAACCUCUUCCCACAUUUGUUCCGGUGGAUUGUCAUCCACUCCAUCACCUACCCCUCCCCCUCUCCGCAGUCUUUGAAUGUGUCUGUAUAGUAUUAACUCUCCAGCUUUACCCUUGUUUUGAUGGUGCCUUCUUGUUGACGUUAAAAACAUGGUGAUUUGGGUGGCUCCUCACCCAAUAGUUCAAGAAAAUUUGGCUAUUCUCUUGACCUCAAUAUGUUUCCAGCCGGUCACCGAUCUAUGUAGUUACCUGUUCCCCUGACUCAAUCAAUUUCUGCUGUUUGCUGAGACAGUAUGUUACUCACGUGAGACAUUGGAAAUGGGGCCAUCCUCUACUGUGGAGUAGUUUAGCAGACUUCCUCAUCCC